AUCGAGUUCUCUAAUAAUGAAAUACGAAGGUGUCGCAUUGUUCAUUUCGUUAAUUGUCCUGAACGACGAAGUCUACAAUGGACUCGUCGCGAGCCAAUUCAACAAUCCCACUUUCUUUAUGAUCGGCGGCGUUUUUUCUAACAAUGAAAGCAAAGAAUAUUUCAAACGAACGUUGAACAAUUUGAACUUCAACUCACAAUAUGUCAAUAAGGGAGUGACUUAUAAGCACACGGUAAUUGAAAUGGACUCCAAUCCAAUUAAGACCGCUUUGAGCGUGUGCAACUCUUUGAUAGCGGAACAAGUGUACGCGGUGGUAGUCUCUCAUCCCCUUACAGGCGACUUGUCACCAGCCGCUGUGUCUUAUACAAGUGGAUUUUAUCAUAUACCAGUUAUAGGUAUAUCUUCAAGAGAUUCCGCGUUCUCCGACAAGAAUAUUCACGUUUCUUUUCUAAGAACGGUCCCACCGUACUCGCAUCAAGCAGACGUAUGGGUUGAGCUAUUGAAACACUUCAACUAUAUGAAAGUGAUCUUCAUCCAUAGUUCAGAUACAGACGGUCGAGCGUUGCUUGGAAGAUUUCAAACGACUUCUCAGAAUUUGGAAGAUGAUGUUGAAAUUAAAGUCCAGCUAUCACUAAAGUUUCAUUAUCCAAACUGGACAAACGUUGAAUGGAAAUUUUUUUCACUCUUCAACAGAAAAACGGAUGCAAGCGUGAUCUUCCAAGACGCAGCAGAGUUAAAUAUGACCGGUGCAGGAUACGUCUGGAUUGUGACGGAGCAAGCCUUAGAUGCGCCGAACGCACCGGAAGGUCUUCUCGGCUUGAAAUUAAUUAACGCAGAGAAAGAGAAGGCUCACAUCGAAGACAGCCUGUCAGUUCCUUUC